AUAUUAUUUCUGUAAAUAAAACGAGUUGGCCACGGUUGGAAGACUUUUGAAUUAUUGGUCUGCGUAAUUAGAUUUGACACAAUACUAAAUAUUGCAACAGAUAAAGAGAAAGAGAGAAAGGAGGGAGAGAGAGAGAGAGAGAGAGAGAGAGAGAGAGAAGCAAAGUGGGAAAGGGAGAGAGAAGGGGAGAGAGAGACGGAAAGAGGCAGUAAUAUAGAGGGUGAGGGAGUGGGAGAGUGGAGAGAAAGAACGGGAAGGAAGAAAGUAUUCACUUAUACAGAGAACUUAAUUAUACAUACAUACGUACAUACAUAUAUGCAUACAUACAUAAAUAAUACAUACAUAUAUAUACAUGCACACACACUCACACACACAUAUAUAUAAAUACAUAUAUAUAAACCAUUCUAACGGAGCAAAACAAAACAAACAUCGAUGCAGCGAGACAUUCCUCCGUCCGUUCGGCUCUGAUAUCAACAUAUGUACAGGUGCUAUUUGAUAUACUUUCAUUAACUUAUAGAUUAUAAUUGAUUGAUAAAAAAAAAAAAAAAAAUAAUAAUAACAUUUACAUGAAGCUAUCGAGAUAAAAGUUUCAAUAUGUAAAUAUACACGCGUUUCACUAUAAAUAUAACGUAAUGAGAUAUUUAUCUUUUUAAAGAUACGGGAUGAAAGAUAGACCGAAAAUAAAAGAAAAAUAAACAGAGAGGCGCAGGAGUGUCUGUGUGGUAAGUAGUUUGCUUACCAACCACAUGGUUCCGGGUUCAGUCCCACUGCGUGGCACCUUUGGCAUAUGUCUUCUACUAUAGCCUCGGGCCGACCAAAGCCUUGUGAGUGGAUUUGGUAGACGGAAACUGAAAGAAGCCCGUCGUAUAUAUAUGUAUAUAUAUAUAUAUGUGUGUGUGUGUGUGUGUGUGUGUGUGUGUGUCAGUGUCUGUCCCCCCAACAUCGCUUGACAAACGAUGCUGGUGUGUUUACGUCCCUGUAACUUAGCGGUUCGGGGACGAUAGAAGAGACCGUUAGAAUAAGUACUAGGCUUACAACGAAUAAGUCCUGGGGUCGAUUUGCUUGACUAAAGGCGGUGCUCCAGCAUGGCCGCAGUCAAAUGACAGAAACAAGUAAAAGAGUAAAAGAGUAAUGAGUAAAGAGAGAGAGAGAGAGAGAAAAGGAAAAUAAAUAAGAAAGUCUGAAAUGAAAGAGAAGAGAAGUCAUAACAUCAACAUCAACAACAAAAAUACUAACGGUUAACAAGUGAUAUUGUGAAGGAAAACAGCUCGCCUGCUUGUCUCGCAGCUAACUGUCAUCAGUAUGAGAAACGUGAAAAACACACGGCGACUGUAACAACGUCAGUAACAACAAUAAUAACAUCAGCAACAAUAACACCAAGAAUAACAGAUCGAUAAACGAAAUCGAUAUUGCCAACGAGUUAACAGGGUAACUUCUUGCUUAUUACGAUCGCUGAAGUUGUUAGAAGUAACAGCCGAAAUUUCCCUCAAAUCACACCUUACUCGUCUUAAUAUAUAGGAAGGAAAUGCAUUGGAUGAUGUUCUCGUCGGUACACGAAAGGGCGUGAUGAUCACUGAUGGAACGGCUUGGGUCGUAGGUCUGAUCAAUUAGGAGGGCUGACCUGGGUGUCUACUUCGACAAAAUAACACUAAUAAUAACUAUAACGAUAACAGUAAAUAAAAUAACUACACAAAAAUACAAUAUAGAGGAAAAGUUACGGAUGGAUAGAAAAAAUGAUAUUAAAAAAAAUAAAUGAAAAAUAAAAGCUACAAAAAUUCCCAAAAGAAAAACAAAAUAAUGAUAUUAAUAAUGUGUGCCCAGAAAACAGACGGAAGUUAAAAAGAAAGAAAAAGAGAAAAAAAACAAAAACAAAAAAAAAGAGGAAAGAAAGAAUAGCGUGAGGGUGAGAAAGAGGAGGAAUUGCAAGGAAGAGAGAAGGGAAAACUAGUUAUAUAUACAAGUGUUGAUAAGUACACGUCUUAAUAUAACUGCCGUCUUCUUCUUUACGUGUUGUGAUGGUCAGAUUUAUUACAGGAAAAUAUUAUAUCCCAAACAUAUGAUGCGAUUAAAACCUUGCUCCAGGAUCAAUAAAUUGAUACCAAUCCAUGGAGGUGGAUUGCAGUAACUAUGACAGCCUCCGAUUGGACGCCUCACGAGGCCGUUCAUACAUACGUUAGUCGUUUAACAAACUGGAUACCUAAUACUUGCGGGGAUGUAGAACAACAGAGACAAGGAAAGAUAGGAACAAGAAAAGAAUACCAGGGAGUUGUUGAUGUUCUCGAAAAUGUCUGGAUAUAGUGAUUGCUGCGAUACCCGGAGGAUGGGACAAAACAGAAAGGAUGUAAUGAGAAUGAGAUGCUGCAGUCAUUUGAAUUGCAUUUAAAAGAGAUCACUGGUGAUAACUGACAUCUUUUGAAUAUCAACCACUUACAUUCGUCAUAAACCUUGUCUACAUCAAUCAUCUGUGAAUUAUGAAACUAUUAUGCAAGGAUUAUAAAUUAGUGUGCAAUUUAUGGCAGAAUGAUUGCUGAAUAUAUAUAAGUCUACAUUUAUAGUGAAUGAGGGAGAUACAUUUCUUGUUAUGCCAAAAUUGUAGUUCUACAGCUGGCAGCAACAGACGUUUGGUACGAAAUCUGUGAGAAGAAUGUUUUUAGCAGCAGCUUUAUCUGCAUUAAUGGAGAAUGGAUGACCUUCAUGUCAGAGACAAAAACCAAACAUCCAAACACAUUUCGUCCAGACCGGCUACUGCAAGUAUCAGUGCUGAUAGCGCGGAGCCCGGUGGCUGUGGGUCAGCGAGCGGAAGUAAAUCAGAAGAAAACAGAAAUUCAAACGGAAAUAUCGAAGGAAGUGAAAAUGUCGGUGAAAACAGUAGUGGUCCCAGUGGACAUAACGGUGGUGCUAAUCGCCAUGUUGAAAAUGUCGUCAAUAUUGUUAGCUGCACACAUACUGAGGACGAAGAGAUGGGAGAUGAUGACGAUGAUGAUGACGACGAUGAUAACAGCAGUAGUGAUUCUGGUUCUUAUUACGCUACUUCGGUCGAUCAGGCUAAUGACCGGUCACCCAAUAGUGUACGUAACAACCAAGAAGAAAGUGCCGUUGUCAUCGUUAGAGACAGUGAUGGAUCCGACGACAACGGACAAAAUAUCGAUGACAAUAAUUCCAAAAACAGAGCUAAAAAGCGAAAUUCGUCUAAAACCUUUUGCUGUAGUUGUUGUUGUUGUUACCGCAAGAAAAGGAAAAAUAUCAAUAUGGCGAAUGGUAAAGAAGUGGUUGAAAAGAAAGGUACAACUCGUGAAUCACAUCGGAAAACUACAAACAGGGUUGUUAACUGUUGCAAAACUUUCAUUACGUUUUUCUUCUCCAAUAUUGGUCUUUGUUCGUUGGUUAUUGGUUAUUCAAUUCUGGGAGGUUUUAUUUUUCAAAAACUCGAAGCGCCCAAUGAGGAAAAUGAACGAGGAACGGUGACUUUGCACCGGCAACGUCAUGUUAUUCGUUUAUGGAAUUUAACAGAGGAGUUAAACAUAUUGCACGAAGAGAACUGGUCACGUAUCGCUGACGAAGUGCUUUUGGACUUUCAACAGGAAGUAUUUGUAGCAAUUAAAAAACAAGGCUGGGAUGGAAAAGACGGUACGGCUGAAUUACAAUGGUCUUUUGCUGGCGCUCUACUUUAUUCAGUGACUGUCAUAACCACAAUAGGUUAUGGUCAUAUUGCGCCCAAAACAGCCUAUGGCCGCAUCGUAACGAUAUUCUAUGCGCUUGUUGGCAUUCCUUUAACACUGCUCUGUCUAGCCAACCUUGGCUCAGUAUUUGGCACUGGUUUUCGGUGCUUCUACAAACAUGCCUGUCGCUUCUUGUGUUAUCUCUGCUUCAAGAGUGAUUCACCACAACCUAGGAAACCCAUCCGUUAUCGUCCAAACAAUAGAACAAAUUCGGAAGAAGUCCAGGAACCCUUACGUGGAGACCAGGGUGAUAUAAUCGCACAAGAUUCCGAUAAUGGUGACUAUGACGAUAAAAAUACCAACCAAAAAUCCAAAGACGGAACACGAGUACCAAUAAUCGUUAGCAUUUUGCUAAUAGCUAUUUACAUAUUCGGAGGAGCGAUGCUGUUUACUCUCUGGGAACAAGACUGGGAUUAUUUAAUUGGAUCCUACUUUUGUUUUAUUACAUUAAGUACCAUAGGAUUUGGGGACUUUGUUCCUGGAACUAGCCAUGAUUCGUGGAAAAAUCAAGAAAAACUUAUACUCUGUGCAUUGUACCUAGUUUUCGGACUGGCGUUAAUAGCUAUGUGUUUUGACCUAAUGCAAGAGGAAGUAAGAGCGAAAUGCUUAUGGCUUGGACAGAGGCUAGGCAUUCUCGAUACAGAAAAUUGAAGAACUGUUAUUGUUUUCUAUUAUGUUUCUGUUUUGUUAUACUUUCUCUUGGAGGAAGUUAAAUCAUAUAUACGUCACUAGGAACGAUAUUAAAAUACGGAGGAACAAUCAACAGUUAUAUAUAAGCCUCUUUCUAUAUAAAUAUAUACCUCUGUCA